CAAAACCCUUCAAACCUGGCCGUGCUUUCUCUCCCUCAAUAGAAUCUUCUCUUCUUCCUCUCGCCUUUCCAUUUUCCAUUUUUCAUCAAUCACUAUAUAUGUAUAACAUCAUCUCCUAUGUAAAUAGAUCCUCACUAUUUCUGGUUCUUUGUUUCCACCUCUCUGGUUAAUUCACACAAAAGAUAGAGAGAUUACAGCAGAAACCAAUUAUCUGGAAAAAAGAAAGAAAGAAAGGAUCUAAAUCUCCAAAAAUUGAAAUGUCUUCGGUUCCUCCAGAACUGAGCUUGGAUUUUAGACCCAUGUUUGUGCCCAAAACGAUCAGUGAUUUCCUCAAGGAGGUUUCAAUGAUCGGAAAUGUGUCCGAGAGGCUGUCCAAGCUUGACGAUUUUGUCAAUAGAUUGGAGGACGAGAUGAGGAAGAUCGACGCCUUCAAGCGCGAGCUUCCUCUCUGCAUGCUCCUCUUGAACGAUGUGAUUCGAGCUCUGAAGGAAGAAGCAAUGCAAUGUACGGCUCCAGAUAUUCAACCAGUGCUGGAAGAAUUCAUACCACUGAAGAAUGAUUGUGAUAAAAACAAGGGAGGAAGUAGCAAUAACAAUAAGAAAGAAAAAGACUCUAGGGAUAAGAAGAAUUGGAUGAGCUCUGUUCAGCUUUGGAACACUGAUAAUUAUCAACAACAUCCCUCUAGUGAUUUCCCAUAUGAUCGAAAGCGAGUUUCCGAAAUUGAUUCUAAGAGAAAUGAAGCAGAAAACGGGGUAGCAAAUGAGGAUCCUUUCCAGACAUGUGGAAAUAGGACUGGAGGAAAAGCAUUUAUGCCAUUUAAGGGGUACCCUGCUUUUUCUGUGACGCCGGUAAGGCUAGAAGAGAAGGAGGAAUUGCCAGUUCGUGGGCUGUCUCUGCUCACUCCAGGGAUUAAGAAUCCAAGGGAGGAAUCAACUUCCAGUGGUUCAAGAUCCACUUGUGGCCGGUCAACCUUCUUCCCUACUGCCAAUGCUCAAUCCAAUAUGCGCACUCUGCCGCAGCAGCCAACUAGCCGGAAACAGAGAAGGUGUUGGUCGCCGGAGUUGCAUCGGAGAUUCGUCAAUACCUUGCAGCAACUUGGAGGUUCACAAGUGGCCACACCAAAGCAAAUUAGGGAACUUAUGCAGGUUGAUGGCUUGACGAAUGACGAAGUGAAGAGCCAUUUGCAGAAAUACCGACUUCACACAAGAAGAGUUCCAGGCGCCACAACAGCAGCCCCGAAAAAUCAAGCUGUUGUUUUGGGGGGUUUGUGGACGUCCCAUGAUCAAUACACAGACUCUUCAAAGGCUAGUAGUUCCCAGUCUGGCUCACCCCAAGGUCCCCUCCAAUUAACCGGAACUGGUGGAGAUGACGAAGAUGAUGAAGAUGCAAAAUCCGAAAGUCAUAGCUGGAAAGGUCACAUUCACAAACCCGGAAAAGAUGAUGUAUAGAGAUAUUUAUACAUUGGGAGAGCUAAUGAAUACAAAGAUAGAAAAUACUUACAUUAUACAUAAAAGGAGAAGGAUCUUGAGAGGGAGAGAGACAACGAUAGCGGCGAUGAAAUUUUGCAAGACUAGUUUCCCUUCGUCCUUUAUGUCUUGAAUGAGUUUUAUUGUUUCAAAAUCGGUAUAAGAUUUAUUUCUGGUUAGAUCCUCGUGUCUAUGAAAGAAACAAUGCUAUUUUUCCACGGCAAGUAUCAUUGUUUUAUAUUUGAAGUUUUUGGGAUGGGGAUUAUUGAGCUGUUCAGGUGCAACAUUUCGAUCA